AUGAGCAAAUUGUCAUCAACACAACGAUUUCCAUUACCAACAUUGCCAUUUGAUCGCGAGAUUUCACAUCCUGGUGUUGGGACUGAGGUUUUGAUUCGAGGAACCCCCUAUGCAGAUAGAAACUCGCGAACUUUCACUGUUUCCAUCGAGGCUGAUCACUCGACGGCACUUCUUCUUGAUUGUCGACUUGGUAAUCCGGCUGAAAUGGCUGCAACGGCAAAUGUUGAUGGGAAAGUGACAAGUGAAGUGAAAAAACAAUGCAGUUUUCAACCACAAACCUCAUUCCGUUUGAUGAUUUGUGCAAAAGAGCACAUUUUUGAGGUUUUUCUCAAUGACAUCUUCUUGUUGGAUUUUGUGCACCGGGUAAAUCCAUUAGAUUUCAAGAAACUGAAAGUCGAAGGAGCUUUGUAUGUGGAAGAAAUCGUCAUCACAGCCGGGCAUAUGCCUUCGUCGAUGAACGACCCGCUUCCGCCACCGCCUGAUUAUGUGAAUGUGCCGCGUCUGCAAAAUCCCGUCGAUCAAAUGACAUUGAAUAUGCGAGGAAUGAAUCUACAAAAUGCUCAACACGCUAAUCAGAAUCAACGCCUCAAUAACACCCAACAGCCACAACAAAUCGCAAAUGGUUCACCAGGUCCUUUUGUACAACCCGUACCUCAAAGCCAGCUUCAACAAACCAGCAAAAGUAUCCCAAGUGCUCCGCCACACGAUGCAUGGGAAGCGAAACGUAAAAUGGCAAACGAGAUGCUCAAAGCGCAGUUAGCGAGUCAACCAAGAGCACCAAUUGCUCAAGCUGUGAAUCCUUUAACGCAAACAGCUCCAGCAUCAAGAACUCCUUACCCUGCUGCUCCGGCAUCGGUGGUUCAACCGCUGAGGAAUCAACAAACGAUGCCGCAACCGAAUCCGUAUCCGAAUCAACAAACGAUGCCGCAACCGUUACCCCCACAGCCUCAACUAAUGCCUCAACCGUUACCCUCUCAGCAUCAACCAAUGCCGCAACCAUUACCCUCUCAGCAUCAACUAAUGCCUCAACCACAGCUACCCGUUCAACAACCCUACCCACCUGCAGUUCCUGUCCCUGUGCCGGCCGGUUAUCCUCCACCACCCGGCCAGUUUAUGCAAACUGUUCCCACACAAGGAUUCCCACCAUAUCCAUCUAUUCAACAACCACCAGUGCAUCCCUUUUUUGCAACCCAAACUCUGCCCCAAUACCCCGGAUACUUCUCGCCUCCUUAUGGAGCCUACGACGCGCCUACAAUGGUCACUUAUGGAGCGGCACCAGGAUAUGUACAUUAUUCGCAUUGCUAUGAUCAUUGUCACGACUCUUGU